AUUUUUUUUACACAUAACUCCCAUCUCUCAUUAAGCCGUCUUCACAAUCCCGUCCACAGAUAGUUGUUUUUAAUUGUAAAUCGCUAUUGAUUAAUGCAUCGUGUGGGACGCGAUACAGGGCAGCUUCACGGUCAAGUUCGCCAGUCGGAGCCGCACCCUUGCGGGUUGUGUCGGCUUGUAACUUGUACUCAUGCGCUACCCAGUGCAGCCGCACUACCCAUCUGGGCAACAUGGAGCACGCGUCGUCUCAGCUCCCAAAACUGCAUAGGAAUUAAAUAAAUAUCCUUGAAUAUAUAUAUAUGAAAUUUCGUAUAGCUAACUGCAAAUUAUUUCAUUUUUUCUAGGGACUGAAUACAGCUGAUCACGGCAUCUGCAAUGUUAUGUCAUCCCGGAGCAGCUUUUCUCCGUAAUCCCGCAGUACGACUUCAGAAAAUGCCUUUUAUUAACAGCGGCUAAGUCGGCAAUCAGACGGUCAUCUGAAAGCAUUUGAAACAGGAACCGAUCCUAUCGGACGUUUUAAUAAAACAAGCCAAGGGUGCGAUGGAAGUAACGAAAAGGAGGCAUUUUAAAUAAGUCAGCAAAGCUCCGGCUGCGAAGUUGGAGGGCAGGCGGCGUAGCGAGGGGCCGGGGACGCUUCCUCCUGGAGUGACGUCGGCUGGGGCUUGGGCUGCAUUUAUCCGCCCGGCUGGUUCUGGGGUGGUUCUGCAGGGCGGGGGCUACGAAACGGGUCUCGCCGGGAACAUUUGGAGGCUCGAUUGCUGAAACACUGAGGGCGACUCGUAGAUAUCGCAGAGGACAACUUUCGGCGAGAGAAACAGCAUAAUGCGCAAUAGCCGUCCUGCAGGCUGGCUUCGCACUGGAAACUAAUCCGGUGAACAGCUUUUUAAUAUAUAAAUAUAGCUGGUUGUCCGCGGACUACAGUAACCUGGACGCCGUGCAUCGCGAUCGCUUGCUUGCUUUGAAUAUCCGAUGAGAUGUCGCUGAUAAACAUUGACAGCGAGCAGAGGUGGGUGCCCACUCACGUCCAGGUGACGGUUCUCCGAGGCAGGGGACUGAGAGCGAAGGGCAAGCAUGGGACAAGCGACGUCUACACCAUUAUACAAGUCGGAAAGGAGAAAUUCACAACGGCCGUAGUCGAGAAAACUACAUGCCCGGAGUGGAAGGAAGAGUGCAUUUUCGAGCUGCUCCCCGGGGUGCUGGAGCCGAAGGGACGCAGUGCCUAUCCUCCGGGGAGCAGCGACCUGGUCCUGACGCUGAUGCACCGUGCUUUGAUCGGACUCGAUGUGUUUCUUGGGCAAACGGUUAUCCCGUUGGAUAAAGUCUUCCAAGAGAGGAUAUAUCCAAAAAACGAGUGGUAUAAGCUGCACUCCAAGUCAGGGAAGCGUGAGAAGGAGCGGGGUGAGGUCCAGGUGACCGUCCAGUUCACCCGCAACAACCUGACGGCCAGCAUGUACGACCUUUCCAUGAAGGACAAGCCGCGAUCCGCCUUGGGCAAGCUGAAGGACCGCGUCAAGGGCAAGAAGAGGGGGGACGCCGAGACAAACUCCGCGAUCGUGCCCAGGGGAUACGCCGCCCUUUCGGGCUCGGGGCGCCUCGCGGGUGAUGCCGGCGACGACGAGGACGGCGAGGAGGGGGCCUUGACCCGAAAGGGCAAGAUAAAGGGCUUCUUUGGGAAGGGGAAGCUGCGGAAGACUUCAGACACACGCUCCAGCACGUCCCUGACCUCCGAGGGGAGCACGCUGUCCUCGCCCGGUGGCAGCCUGAGUCCCACGGCCGGUAUCAGCAUGGUGGUGUCUGACCUCUCCAACUCCCCCAGCAACAGCAGCAACCUGACGGCAGACAACAGCCCUGUUCACACUACACAGCCCUCCCCGCUGCUGAUGACCCACAAGAGGGCAUUCAGUGACGAGGCCAGCAAGGUGACAGCCUUCCUGCCCGCGCCCCGCGCCGUGGAGAACCUGAAAGCACAGAGCACAGCGCUCUCACGCUCCACGCUGUGCAUCAACGGCAGCCACAUUUACGGAGGCGAGCCGGCCGUGCCCCGCAGCGUCAGCGUGCUGCAGACCCGGCUGGGCCUGCUGGACAAGUGCUCGCCCCUCUCCCGCUCGCUCCAGAAUCUCACCCGCCGCAGCGAGGACCCCGCCAGGGCCGUGGGGGCUGCCAGGCGCUGGUCUUUCGACAGGGCCGGAAAGGAGGAGAAGUCCGUCGUGGCCCCUGCACCAAAGCAGCCAGACGGGGGCCUGGAGGAGCAGGUCCAGGGGCAGGAGGCCCUUGCAGCCGCAGUGGUAAAGCCUGAAGCUGCUAGUGAGGAAAAGAAACCGAAGAGGAACCUGUUCUCCCAGGGCAAGAGUGAUUCCGCUGGGAAGGGAACAGACUUGGGCAAGGGCCAGCCGACCCAAAGUGCCCCCACUACCGAGGAGAGACACAGGGGCUGGUUUGGCACCAAGGACCCACAGAACAAACCAAGCCCGGAAGUGUCUCCUAAGGUAGAAACCAGCUCAGAUGCGCCCUUUCACCUCUCACCUCACUCCCCCAAUCACCUUUCCCCCAGUCCUAGUCCUGCUCUUGCCCCCAGCCCGACUGCCCUGGGCAGCCCCCGCCAUGCUAACCCCUUCACCCCAUCGCCAGCCACCCCCCCGAUAUCUCCCUCAAACCCCUUCUUUACCCGUCUGCAGUAUAACCCUUUCUUUGAGGAGCUUAUAGCUGACCAGGCUCUUAAAACUGUAUCGCCUGCUCCCUGCCCCCCCAAUUCUACCCUCUGGCCUUCUGCACCUCCCCCCAACUGGCCUGGUACCUGUCCUUCCAAUAAUAACACUCAAGCCCUGCAGGAAAAUAUUGCCUCCAAGAGGGACCGUCCUACGGGUGUCUGCAGACAGCAAUCCCUACCUGCACUGCUCCCGAGAUCUCCCGGUUCCCCCAGCUUGCCUGCCACGCGCUCCAUGUCUGCCGAGUGGGACGACUCAUUCGAGGCCUUCGCUUCCAGCAGGCUGAGGUCACAGAAAGCCCCGACCCCUCAGACGCCACCCAAAGCGCUGUCCCCUCACAGGGCAAACAGUCUCCCUCGAAGCAGACCAACGUGUUGCAUUAAGGAGGAGACCUCUGCGGACCUUGAGCCUGACGGGAAAGCCCCCCCACUGCCCCCACGCAGGCCCGUCAAAGAGGUGCGACCAGACAGCUGGUUAGACCGAGCCGAGGAGCUGGCGGUGAAAAAAGAGGCAUGCUUGUUGUUCCAGACAGAUGUAGCAUCCAUGCUGCACCAGAAGGAGGUGGAUUAUGGGAGAAUAAUGACCUUUCCUUCCCAGCAGAACUCAUCAGAUACGGAAUUAUUCACAGAAGGAGGUGCAAGCAGUUGUCCUAGUGGCUGUAGUCCAUCCCCUUUGAAUUUACUGAACAGCAACACAGGGACCACUGGACACUACAACAGUAGUCUGGAGACAACUGCAAGUAAAGCUGAAAACAGGAAAUCCUCACCUGAGGACAAAUGUAUUUCUGAAAGUAAUUUGGAUAAUCUCAAUAACUUUAAGUCUGAAGCCUUUGAGGGAGAAUCUGAGAAACCUUUAAGUGUUAGUAGUCCUGGUUUUGCUGAAGAAUCCAAGAAAGAUACAAAUAUUUCAGCUUUAGAGCUUACCAUAAAUACACCUGAACUCCAGAGUGACACACUGAGCCAAUUUGUCACUGAAAUGGCAACAAAUAAAUCAGAUGUCGUUGGAGGAAUCCAAUCUCACAAACUCUUAGAAGCUAGCUUUAAAGACUUAGAUGUUAUCACAGAUAUCGCAUGCAAGAAAACGUCUAAAAUAGCCACUGUUUAUCCAAGAACUAACAAAAUGACCAACUCACUUUGCCCGGCCUUACAAGGUCCCACUACAGAUCUCGAAGGUGUUCCCAAAACAAAAGAAGUUAACAAUAACUACCAAAAUAUAGUGGCUUCCAGUGCUGUUCCUGGGAUCAUCAUUACUGAAAGUUACUCCAAACCUUCAAGUUCUUUUGCUGAGAUCUGCACAGAACCUAGUGCUCUUGAAAGCAUUUCUCUUGAAUUUAUGUCAGAAAUUUACAGAAAUGCAGCUGAAACGUCUGUUGUGGAGCCAGACUUGUCUGUUUCUGUAAAACCUAUGAAACUCACAAAUAACCUUGUUUUGCCUCCUGCGGAUAAAUUCCAGUCGGCAUGCAAUUUGACAAGGGCAACUGAAAAGGAACCAAGCUUUGGAAGAGCACCCAGCCUGACCUCAAGAGCUGAAGUGAAUCUAGAUAACAAACUUCAAUGUUCAGUGCUUGACUUUCAGCACAAUGACAUGAACCUCAAUGACUCAACUUUGCCAGUUAUGCAUUAUAAUAACACUUUUAAAGGAAAUGCUGAAGGCAUUUUUGGAAAUAAUCUAAAUGUCACUAACACUUUAACCUUUGAUUGCUCUGAAACGAAUCCACCAGCUCCUGCGAACUCUGAUUUCUUUGUAGUUAACCUUAAUACUGCCAAAGAACAUGGGUUGUCUGAGGCAACAACAAAUGAGGAAUUUGAAAACUCCUCAAGAAAGGACACUUGCAAUGAGACGGUGCCUUUGAAUGCUACAGCUCUACCUCCUCCUGAAGAGCCUUCAUCUGGAACAAUAGAUGAUUCUACUAAUGAGUUCCAAAUUUCAAACAGACCCGCCAAAGACUCUGUGAUAAGGAAAGAAGAAGGGAUCCAUGCCUCUAAGCCACCCGGGCUGUUCAGCAGUGUCCCUGUGAUGGUAGAUAAGGAUACAUUGCAAAGCAAGGAAUUACAUGCCAAAGGGUCAUAUCCUGAUGAGCAUUGCCUCAGGAGCCAGAUGAUCAGUGCUGCAAGGGAUGUAAAUGAACCCCUUGGAAGGAGGGUUCAUUUACAGCUGCCUUUCGAACAGCAGAGAGACGAGUGUGCUUCACCUGUUACAUUGAGUCUUGCCUCAACAGUCUCCCAAGACCAAGAAAUAACCCCAGAAUCCCGUUUUGUCAGGACUGAGUUAAAACAUGACCAUAAAGAAUGUACUCCAACGGAGCAGCCUCUUUCAGAGAGCACGAAGGAGAACAGCUUUAAAGACCUUCAUGCCAAAUUAGCCCCCGACUGUAGAAGCCUCAAAGAUGACUUUCCUUCUGGAGACCUUCUGCAUGUCCGUACCCACCAGGCUUCCUCUACCUCCUCCCCAGUAGCUAAAACUAAUUCCCAGCCUGCCCUCUCCCCCUCUCCCAUCCUGCCCCUCAUGACUGUGAGGCCAUCAGAAGGGACCGCCAAGGUCGCCGCCCCCUUCUCCACUGUCCUACCACUGAUUGGUGCAGCGCACACGGUUUUGCCCGAGGAGACACAGCCGGCCUCCAGCAUCCUGUCCCGUCAUGAGAGCAGCCCCCAUCCAGUGAAGCCCCUAACUGCGACACUGCAGCAGGGGGAGAAAAAGGCAGAGGGUCGCUCGGUCUUAGUGAGCGGUUUGGAGAAGCUGAGAUCGACCAUCCACCCCAGGUGGACCAGCUCACAGAGCGAGACGGAAGCUGACAGGAGCAAGCCUGACAGCUCUGCCCAGUACCUGCACCUGACACACAGCGAGCUGGUCGCUCUACUGCUACAGAAGGAGGCGGAGCUGGAGAAGCAGAGAGCGGAGCUGGAGAAGCAGGGGACGCUGCUGGAGAAGCGCGAAGUGGAGCUGAAGAAGAUGAAGAUGCAGGUGCGCGACCUGGAGGACUACAUCGACCGGCUGCUGGUGCGCAUCAUGGAGCAGACACCUGCGCUCUUGCAGGUGCGCUCCAGGUACAAGUGAGGGGCACGGGAGGGAUUGCGGCAGGCCGAGGCCCCCUGCUGGCCGGCCGCGGCAUCACGGACCCGAACAGGCGGCUCCAUGUCUACUCACACCUAUACUGCCACGCAACUGCAAAGCCAGUAAAUGCCAUGCCUGCAUGCUUAAUGUCCACGGAGCCGUUUCCCAAGUGAGAGUCGGGCUUGAACGGAGGGGUUCGGGGGACCCGCACGACUCCAGGUUUGAUGCAUAGUCUUCAGUUCCAGGGGUUGGGGGGUGGGUUGCUGUUUUGUGUGACGAAAGUUGCUACCUCAGAUGGGGUUUCUCGAGCCAUUUUGCUUUGCUUGCUUCUAGAGCAGCAGGACAGGAUUUGAGGGCGGGGCCCCGUGGUUGUAUGCAUCCAGCCUGUGUAGCCUUCUCUUAGGUUGUGACCUACCUUGCCGUUGUCUUCUCAGCUGCUUAUGUGAUGCCCCAUCAGCCAUUGUCAGCUUCCGGUUCUCUGACACACGUACCUAACAAAAGCCCGGUCACCGAUAGGCGGGGAGCCCCAGAGCUGGCCGGCCCCGGUCAGCGAUAGGCGGGGAGCCCCAGAGCCGGCCGGCCCCGGUCAGCGAUAGGCGGGGAGCCCCAGAGCCGGCCGGCCCCGGUCAGCGAUAGGCGGGGAGCCCCAGAGCCGGCCGGCCCCGGUAAGCGAUAGGCGGGGAGCCCCAGAGCCGGCCGGCCCCGGUCACCGAUAGGCGGGGAGCCCCAGAGCCGGCCGGCCCCGGUCAGCAAUAGGCGGGGAGCCCCAGAGCCGGACGGCCCCGGUCACGUGUAUGGAGGUUAGCGUUAGCUCACAGUGAGCGUAGAUAAGCCAUCAGAGCCCCAGCUAAGCCUAAGCUUUAGGUCGCGCUUUUUUUUUGUUUGUAGCUCUGAGCUGCUGGAGAAGUGCCAAGGAAUUGGAUAUUAUCCUGUCAUCUGAUCCUUUUCGGAGUGCUGUCACCAGGGCGAAUAAGAGCACGCACUGGCGCUGAAUAAGAGCACGCACUGGCGCUGAAUAAGAGCACGCACUGGCGCUGAAUAAGAGCACGCACUGGCGCUGAAUAAGAGCACGCACUGGCGCUGUGAGGGCCAGUGCCAAGCACUGCCUUACUGGCCUAGUUUGCAGUUUUUUUUUAGGACUUAAUGUUUAAGAAUGGUUCGAUGCAAAUAUGUACCACCUGACUGAGUUUUGAUUGUUGAAACCAUCCCUGAGCCAAGCUGUGCUUUCAAGAACAAACACAGCCAUGUUUCUGAAGAUAGUAUUUUAAAUUAGGAGGCAUGUAGGUGUUCCAUCAAAACCCAUGAAAUGCCAAACAAAUAUAUUUCACAAAUUGUGAAACUUACAGGAAGGUAAUCCUUAAAUGAAGAAGAAUCUUUGUGAAAACAUCAUGGGAGAUGAACUUAAUAAAUUUCUGUCCCUUGGAUCUUCUUGCUGUUAUAUGUACUGUUUCUGUACAGUGUUACAGCACUUGCCAGGUACUGUUUCACGAAAGCCUUUUUCAGAACUGGCUCCAACACUAGUCCAAAUGAGUCAGAGACCAAAUAGCUCUCAGAAGGUCUAGGAACAUAAGCCACUUCGCCUUUUUCUACUGGUUCAUCUGCGUGGAAGGGUUUCUGUUUGCUCUCAGACAGCUCCUGCGUUUCACGUAGAACACCAAGUAAUCCUUUGUUCUCUUCUCGCAUAGGUGUCCACUUAAGUUUGGAGCCAGCGUUCUAGCUGUGUGUCUAAAAUAUUUUAGAGUUAUUCUGAUUUUUUUUUCUUGCCCAAGCAAUGUACAUGGAUAAACAGGUGCAGUUUACAGUUGUGAAUAUGAUCCUUUAGUUUUUUUUUCCCUAUUUCACAUUUUAAUGUUUUUUUUCUUUAUUCCUUUCAUGAUUGUAUAGCAUUAAUUUACCUAUUGUAUCAGUACAUUAUACUUUUAAAUACUGAAUGAAAAUAAAAAGAAAAUACUCUCCUGCAAAAAGUCAACACAUUGCUCCCCAAGUGUGGGGAAAAUAUUUUGUUUUGCAGUGAAUGACAUGGAAAUGCCACAGUGAGUAAAAAAUAGCCCCAAACCUUGAUCUGAUUAAAUGCCUUCAGGGUAAAUUCAAUGCAAUUAAAGCAAGACCAAGAUCAUUUUUGUCAUUAUUAAUACCGCCAGCUUUUUAGCAUUCCCCUUUAUAUCACAGUAGAAAGUCUUCCAGGAUAUAUUAAGCGUGCUUGAAUGGUCACGAGGACAGUGUUACUCACAACUGUGUGUUAAUCACGGCUACGCUUAUUCCACAGCCUGUUUCUACAGCUUCGUUUUCCUGUCACUGGCUUCUCCAUGUAAGUCCUAGGUUUUUAGUAAAAAAAAUAGAGUUUAUUUGAAGUACCAUAUACAAUACUAUAACUAUUAAUGCUGAAACAUCUUUAUCAUGGACACGUCUGCUAUACUUUGAAUGUCAAACUGUCUGUUUAGUUGCUUUCCAACUGCGGAGUUAUUUUUUUUCGUACAACAAUAAAUAAUUUUCAGUCGUUUAGGAUCUGUAUUAUAGGCCUAAUUCCAGUUUUAGUCAGUAUUACAGCUACUCUCUGAGUAUAACAGUAUAUAUGGUCAAUUUCAUUUAUUUAAUGAAAUAAACUCUGAACAGCACUUCUUAUCUAAUAUCGGCACCUUCAUGACUUCUGGUGUAGGAUACUGGGGAAGAUCUGGAAUAUAACGCUUGAAGAUGAUUGUUCUUUGCACUGGUGUCAACACCUUACAUAUUUAUACUUUGGUUUCAAUUUAAAUCUUGUGAAAUAUUUGCUGUUUGUGUCCCCAGAGCCCUUACAGUCUAGCCUUGUCUCCACUGCAGUCCUGUGCAGCUUUGCCGGUAUAAGGACAACAUACACAAACGUGCUUAACUUAUGCACUGUGUAAUGUAAAAUAAAGCAUUGCUAUUUCAC